UUAUUCUUUAAACCAACAGGGAGUUUCCAUCCCAUCUCAACCUGACAUUUAGAAUUAAGUGAAAAUAGAUCUUUGGUAACAUCCACUUCCUUUUUUUUGUGUAACCAACUUUUUAAUUAACCUUAUGUAACUUCAGUUACAAAAGGGGAACGUUUUGGAAGGUGCAAUUUCAGCGAGUCGCCAGAUGGUGGCGCUUUUUAAUACUGUAGUCCUGGCUAGGAUAAAUCAGAGAUUCUGACCCAAUAAGAAGCUUGGGGUAGGAGGUUGUUCAUUCAGUUGUAUUCCAUGUAGAUUCUAUUGUAAAUCGGUUCUGGAUUCAGUGUGGGGUCUGGAUCUCGUAUGGGCCAUUUUAGUACCUGCCUGUUGCUCUGUGAAAAAUAAUGGAAGUUGGAUUAGCUUGAAGUGUCCUGUACAGCCAGGUGCAUCGUUCAAUAUAAAGUAGCUGAGAUCAGCUGCGUGCAGUACCCACUCUUUGUAUUCCUGUGAGUAGGUGAUCAUUUUUCUGCCUGUCUUAGGUACAGAUUUAUAUGGCAUCUCUCAUCAGACUAUCUGAGCGCCUUACAAUCUGUUAAAAUAUUUGAUCCCCACAGCACCCCGGAGAGGUAGGGAUUAUUGCUAUUUUGCUGAUAAAGAAUUGAGGCCCAGAGGUAUGUCCACCUGGGGAUAAAAGUCUCGGUGCCUGAGUCAGCCGACCCAGACCAGCUGCAGGAUUUUUAUCCCCAUGAUGAUGUAGAUACGCCAGAGGCUCAGAAAUCAGUGGGAGCUCGAUGCCAACAAGCUGAUGAGGCUCUGGGCUCAGGCACAGUGCUCUAACCACUGCACCAUCCUGCUUUCACCUCCCACUGCGGAAGCACUGAGAGUUCUUGGACAGUAGUUCAUCUUCAUUCCAGGACGUUAGCUGCAUGGGAGAAGAAAUUUAGUUCUUCAGUGGAAAUCAGAGUAUUCUCUAAAAGGAUGAAUGGAUGUAAAGCAGAAGGCUUCCAAGCAUGUCAGUCCACAACUGACUAGGGAAGAGGGUGCACGUGACAGCUGGAGCAUGUUGUACCAAAGUCUUCUUUAGUAUUUCAAGAACAAAUCAAUCUAUGCUCCAUGCACAGCCUUCCCCCAAGAGAUUUGCCUGGGAAUUUACAAACUCCAUCUUUGUAUUAAUGGGAGAAACUUAAUGCCUUAAAUAGGCCUUUCCUCUCUUACUACUGUAAUCCUAUGUGUUUGUUUCUUAAAUUACACGCUAUAUCCAACAGCCUCUGAUAUUAAAACAACCAAACCUCUACCUUGUAUUUUUAAACCUUUUUACUGUUUUACCUAUUUAACAAAUACACAUGCCACAAAUAGUCAAAAAAGACAGACUAAUACAGAUUCAGCAUAACGAGAAGUAAUAAAAAUAUUAAAAUAGUGUAAUUUGCAAGCUCUAUGACUACAGUAUAGGCUCCGCAGUGUAGACAUACUAUGUUAGUAAGGAAGUGGCGUAAUAAGCGUCCCCUGCCUAUGCUGCCCUAGAAAUUGUUUGCCACUGUAGGAAGGCCGCUUCCUUGAACACAGUUAGCUAUGCCUGUAGCACUCUUCUGUCCACAGAGCUGCAUUUACACUGUGGGGGUUGUCAGGAUGGUAUAUUGAGCAGGGGUGUUUUGUUUUCAUACCCCAGCCUGACAUAGCCUAUGUCUACGACAGAGCCUAUGUGCAUGGACAGCCCCUAGCACAAACAGUGCCCAGCGCUCAGCUGAGACCUCUAAGUACAAUAUAAAUAAUCAGUUCACGAGUAAGUCGGGCAAAUAACUUUGCAGAAAAGUGAGUAUACACUGAACACACUACUCUAACAGAUAUAAUCUACCACUCCCACAGUAUCAGCUGCUAAACCUGCAUGAAAAAAAUGUUUCUCAAAGGUUGCUUUUGUUUUGCAGGUAUUCAGCCCCCCCCCCCCCCCAUCAGGUAUUUUACAAAGACAAGCAACGUUAGCCUUGUUUGUACAGAGGGGAAAUGGUCAUAGACAGGUCAACACCAAGUCAGUACCAGAGCUGGGCGUAGGACUCAGGGCUUCUCUCCUAGCCACAGCUGUCCUAACUCUACUGGGGUUAACAGAUUAACCUAUUCAGGCACGAGCAGGAUUUUGGGUGUGUUUUUAGUGCAGGGGAGAUUCAAUUGCCCUUACAGUGCCUGUGAGCAAACACUCCUUGAUGCUGCCCCGCUGCUGGCCGCUUUCCUUGGGAAGUGGGCUGCGGUGGGACCCCCACGGCCGGCCGGUCAGCUGCUCUGCUGUGCCAUUACCAGGGCCAAGAGGGAACUGCAGCAAUUAACAGCAGAGCUGGGCGGAGCACCGAGGUGAUUUACAAGCACUCGCCCCGCCCAUUAUGCAAAUCACAGCCCCCUGGUUGGGGGUCCGCUUGCCGGGGGCGGGGCCAUUCGCUGCAGACGGGAUAUAAGGCGGUGGGGGAACAAUGCACCCGAGUCUCGGCUCGGUCGCUCAGAUCGCGGGAGCUGGCCCUGGGGGUGUAGGCUGUAGCCAGAGCGAGCCGCCCGCUUGGAGCAAGAACAGGACGUGGGGGAAAGGCGCCCCCCUCCAGAGAUGGAGUUCGACUCUUACCAGCAUUACUUCUAUGACCAUGACUCCGAGGAGGAUUUCUACCGAUCCACCGCCCCCAGCGAAGACAUCUGGAAGAAAUUCGAGCUGGUGCCCACUCCCCCCAUGUCGCCCCUGUGCAGCGCGGGGGGCAAAGCCUGUUGCCCCGGGGCAGGGGAGAGGUCCGACUGGCUCUCCCACUGCUGCCUGGCCGGGGAGGAGCCGGAGUAUCUGAUCGACACCGGGGAGAUCUUUGGGAACCUGAGCGCCUUCGUUCUCCAGGACUGUAUGUGGAGCGGUUUCUCCGCCCGGGAGCGGCUGGAGAAAGUUAUGACCGAGAAACUCUCCACGGGCACGCAAAGGGUUAAUCCGCACAAGCCCUCCUUUGCCCAGGACUUCGGGUUCAACAACUCGGUGAGCGAGUGCGUGGAUCCCGCUGCCGUCUUCCCCUGCCCCUUGGCUGAGAACAAACAUCCCCCUGCCUCCUCCGGGCCCGAACGGCAAUGCGAUUCUGAGGGUGAAGAGAUUGAUGUGGUGACAGUGGAGAAGAGACAAUCGCUCAGCAUGAGGAAGCCGGUCACCAUCACCGUGCGAGCAGACCCCCUGGACCCCUGCAUGAAACACUUCCACAUCUCCAUCCAUCAGCAACAGCACAACUACGCUGCCCGCUCUCCACCAGACCCCUGCUCCCAGGAGGAGGCCUCAGAGAAAGAGAUCAAGGAGGAACCCCUGAGCAGCCCGGAGCAAGCCGCAGAGAGCUCAUCGCCUGAGCCUUGCCUGCUGAAACCUGAGAGCGCCCCGAGCUCAGAUAGUGAGGACAUGGCCAAGAGGAAAAACCACAACUACUUAGAACGCAAGCGGCGAAACGAUCUCCGCUCACGCUUCCUGGCACUGAGGGAUCAGGUCCCCGGUCUGGCUAACUGUCCCAAAACCCCCAAAGUGGUGAUCCUGAGCAAAGCUUCGGAGUACCUGCAGUCACUAGUCAGUGCAGAGAGGAGGAUGGCUACAGAGAAAAGGCAGCUGAAGUUGAGACAGCAUCAGCUGCUGAAACGAAUCGCCCAUCUCAAGGGACGUUAGCUACCAAAAACUUGACACCUUUCCUAUAUUGAUUUGCACAUUUUUGGUUAUUGUGAACCCUCCAAACUACAGAUCCCAGAAUGCACUGCAGCCAGCGCACACAAAUAUGGCUUGCAUUCUAGGAAAUUUAAACUGUGUGCAGGGGGUGGGUUCUUUGUUUCCCUUAUUCACGUCUGGUCUCGGGUUCCUCCUUUAACAGAGCAGGGAGUUGCCAACUGUGGGCUGAGUUAACUCUUAUUCUUUAGGGAUGCUGGUAGGUUGGUACCGGAGUAAUUUUUGACACUGGAUUUUGCAAGACACUUGGGCUGAAAUUGUUAAGUGACCAUUGAGUUCUGGGUGUCUCAUUUUGAGGGUCUCCAACUUGAAGCACCUGCAUCCUGACUGCCAGAGAUGCUGAGCAUCUGAACAGAGAUGUGGAACAAUGCUGGCUGAGGCCCCCAGGAGCUGCCUUAGUGCCUCUGAACUUCAGUCCUCAGGUGCCUGAAAUUGGGCACUCAAAAAUUGAGGCCCUUUUCCAAAAUAGGGGCUUGAGUGGAUAACCCCAACCUAGAGAUGGCAGGAUCCUCAUUCAGACAGAUAAGACCUGUCACUGGAUCCAGCUAUUCUGUGAAUUUACUUUCAUGCACACACAAUUUUGGGUGGAGCGUUAACAUGGCCGUUGCUGCCCUGGACCUAUUAAGUUUGACCCAACUUCUGUCGUUCAACCCAACCCCAGCACUGGUUCCUGUGGUGCGGUUCUCGUCCACCGUCCCUUCCCUGACCCAUCCUUUGUACUGGCCCACCUCCCCAAUCACGACCCUUCACAACAUCCCACAUCCUAUUCUGCCGUGGUGGGGGGGCUGAGACCAUGUACCCAACAUAUCCUCUCCAGAAGAAGUCCAUUAAAUUCCUAAGCGGCUCCUGCUCCACUGCAACUGAAUAGAGCGAAUGUAGGCCAGGGCGUUCAGAUCCAGGAAAACAAGGGGGUUGCAAUCCAGUGGUUCAGUGUGGGUCCAUCUCUCUAGAAGCAGUGACAACUGGGGAAUGCCUGGAGGUGCGUUGGGAAAGCUUUGCUCUAGGGGCUGGGUCUGCUGUUAAAGAUCCUUUUUCUCCCAGGGGUGGGGUGAUGCAUGGAUUAAACUCCUAUCACUGGAGAAGAACCGAGACUAGCUUGACAUGGACUAUACCUCACUUUCUUACCACUUUACACAGUAGCUUGUCUUGAGGUUUGUGUUCUAGAAACUGCUGCUGUAACUGCCUGAGUCUUAUACUGGAGGACCCUUUUUUUAAUACUGUAUUUUUGUACAACUUUUUUGAAGAGUAUUGUUAAAGAUUUGUCUCUUUUGUAAACCUUUUCCAGGGGAGUGUGUGCAUUGUCCCUGCUGCAGCGUGGAGAGGAUGUGUUUUUUUGGGAGGGGGUUCCUGAUGCCUUUCUAAGAAUAGUCCAAGAAGGGUCCUAUGUUCUGAUUUACUGUUUGGAAUUAAGUGAGAGAUUCCUCGGGGGGAGGAAGGGGGGAACGGACAUUAUCUGGGGCCCAGCUCCUCAAAUAGUACAAUGGGCUAUUGAACGGGGUUUUCCUCUCUCAGAGGAUGAGGGUGAAAAUUUUCCUGUGUGGCUGACUUUCACGUAUUCCCCAAGCGCAGGCUCUUAAGAGCGAUGCUGCUUAAGAUCCCAGGUGUUGCCCAGGACAGACGACAAGGGCUGAUCUAAUUGUUGCCUGGAGCCUACCUUGUCUUUACUAGGUAGGUAGAAGCCACCUCUUAGAAGGGAUCUGAUCAGAACUUUUAGCCUCUGUUUGCUGACCUGCAGCUACACUCCCUGAAGUUGCAUUUGUUCAGCUGGCCAAGGGUCUUCUCUCACCCCCCCACAAAUCUCCCUCUUCUGUGAAUACUACCCAGUUGAUUCAAGGGAUGGGGGGAGGGGAGUAGGACCAGUGGCCUUCGUCUCCCUUGGCACUGAUGGGGCUGACUCUCUACUUUGCAGCAGAGACGCACGGAGCAGCCGGUGAGCUGUCUGGCUCCUAACUGACCUACUGAGAAACUUUAGAGUUAACACUGUGGUCGGAUUUAGCACUUUCUUCAUUACCUCACACUUCAUAAAUAAAUAAGUUACAAAGACA